AUGGAUUAUAUUUUACCACAGACGAGGUAUAUGAACCUCGACUGUAAUUUUACAAAGAAAGUACAUAUCAAAAUACUAUUGAAAUAACUAUUAAAUUUAUUUUAGAAAUAAAAUUUUGCUUCAGUAAUUUGUAUCGAUAUGAAAUAUAAUUAUUUAUUUAUUUUUAUUUUAUAUUGCAGCAGAAGUAAACCUGUUAUUAUUUUUUUCUUGAAUUAAUUAAAUAGAUGUUAGUAUUAAUUAAUAAAUGUUAUUCUUUAUUAUUAUGAUCUUUCAUAAAUCAUUCGUAUCAUAUUUCUUUUCAUUCUUAUCUACAACUCACAUUUUCGCGCUCAAUAAUUUACGAAACACCUUGUAUAAACGAUAAGCAUUAGCAAAUUUUACGUCGCCAAUAUACAGUAGAACUGAGAUGAUCCAGAUGUUGAAUGGAAUGAUGUCGUAUCAUAUUACUACUAAAAUGGUACAAAGUAAAAAGCUAAUUAAAUUUCCAUUUGCAUGCAAGCUAUUUAAAAAUAACGGCAAUCUUAAUUUGAAUAAUAUUAGAUCAAUAAGUUCAUGGUGGGAUAACGUAGAAAUGGGUCCACCAGAUCCAAUAUUCAGUCUUACAGAGAGAUUUAAAGCAGAUACACACCCAAAUAAAGUUAAUUUAGGAGUUGGUGCUUAUCGAGAUGAUGAAACUAAACCAUUUAUUUUGCCAAGUGUAAAAAAGGCAGAAGAAAAAAUUAGAAGUAAAAAUAUGGAUAAAGAAUAUUCUGCAAUUGCAGGAAAUGCAGAAUUUUGUAAACAAAGCAUUUUGUUAGCACUUGGUGAACACAGUAAUAUUGUUAAAGAAGGUUUGACUACUACUGUUCAAACAAUUUCUGGUACAGGAGGGCUUUGUGUUGGAGGACUUUUUUUGUCAUAUUAUUUUAGUGGCAAUAAAGAAAUAUAUUUACCAGUACCUACAUGGGGAAAUCAUACUCCUGUAUUUACAUUAUGUAGACUUCCAGUAAAACAGUAUCGUUAUUAUGAUCCAAAAACAUGUGGAUUGGAUCAUAAAGGUCUUUUAGAAGACUUAUCUAAAAUUCCAGAUAAAUCCAUUAUUCUUCUUCAUGCAUGUGCUCAUAAUCCUACUGGUGUUGAUCCUAAACCAGAACAAUGGAAAGAGUUAGCAGAAUUAGUAAAGAAAAAAAAACAUUUUCCCUUUUUUGACAUGGCAUAUCAAGGUUUUGCUACAGGUAGUCUAGAAAAAGAUGCUUUUGGUUUAAGACAUUUUGUAGAAGAAGGAAUUCAACUUGCUCUGACCCAAUCAUAUUCUAAGAAUAUGGGUUUAUAUGGUGAACGUAUAGGAGCAUUUUCAAUGGUUUGUGCUACCAAGGAUGAAGCAAAUCGUGUUUUUUCGCAAUUGAAACGUAUAAUUAGACCAAUGUUUUCUAAUCCUCCAAUUCAUGGUGCCAGAAUUGUUUGUGAAAUCUUAAAAGAUACCCAAUUGACGGACCAAUGGAUGAUUGAUAUAAAAACAAUGGCUAAUCGUAUUAUAUCUGUACGCCAAAAGUUAGUUGAUGACCUUAAAAAGGCGGGUAGUGUCCGUAAUUGGAAACAUAUUACAGACCAAAUUGGAAUGUUUUGUUUUACUGGUCUUAAACCUGAUCAGGUAGAAAAGCUUAUAAAUGAUCAUCACAUAUAUUUGACAAAGGAUGGUAGAAUAUCUAUGGCAGGUGUAACAUCAAAAAAUGUGGAAUACAUUGCAAAAUCUAUACACGAUGUUUCAAAAUAGUUGAACAUUUCUACAAGUUUUUAAGAAUCUGUAUUAAAUCCCGUCUUUAAUCUCUAAAUACGUUAUAUACAUAAGCAGUAUGAAGAUAUAUUUUAUAUCAAAUGCAUUUACUCUCGCAUGUUAUUUUUAUAAGAGCACUCUGCAGGCAGUGUACUACAUAUUAAUGAUGAUGCACUAAUAUGUAACUAUAGUAUAAUAAUUUUUAUAUUAUGUAUACUUCUAUCGUUAAAAAAUAUAUAUAAAUAAAAACUGUUAAGAAAUUAAUAUAAAA